CUACCGCAGCGCCUAUUGUGCUUGGGAGUGCAUGCACGGGGACUGCUGACUGUGAGGUUACGAACUCAGUUUGUACAAACAAUGUGUGCGUCUGUGCCACUGGAUAUAAGGAAUCAUCAGGCACUUGUGCGCAAGUUUUGGACGGAAGUUGUUCAGUAGACUCUGACUGUAGCACGGCUGUAUCGAACUCAAGAUGUUGCAAUGGUACGUGCUUAUGUUCAUCCGGGUACAAACCAGAAAACCUCGUCUGUGAAACUGUGUACUCAAGUAGUUGUGGCAGCAGCCCAGAUUGUAGCACGUACAUGGCGAACAUCAGAUGCGACUUUUUCUUAUUCUUGUGCCUAUGUUCAAAAGGUUACACCUAUAACGAAAGUACUUUAGUAUGUGACGACGGUACAGGGACUGCCAGCACGAGCACCGUGACGUAUUCUAGUGGCUGUGUCACUCAGACUGAUAACGUUGCGACUACCGUUGCUGCAACUCAGACUGAUAACGUUGAACGUACCUAUGCGGCAUCAACAGAUACUGGCACUACAGUAGGUUAUGGUGAACAAUGUUCGGCAACAUCUGAUUGUGUGGCCCAUUCAUCAUGUACGCGCGGCACGUGCUCUUGCAAUGCGGGCUACAGAACCAACGGAACUAUGUGCCAGAAAAUUAUUGGUGGACCUUGUGUAUACACAUCCCAGUGUACAUACUACGAACCCAACUCCAACUGCAUAAUCGGUUUAUGCACGUGCCUGGACGGGUACUAUGAGACAGAGGUGCUUUGUUCAAAAGGGGCACAAGCGCAGACCUUCAGCUUGUUGGUAGUCGUUGCUCACGUGCUACUUGUUGCUAUGGGAACGUAGCGUUUACCUUCAUCUUUAUAAGGCGGAUGAUAAACAAACAUUAAAGAAAAACUAUUUUAAUUGUUUAGGGGUUGCAUAGAAGUGAUUAACACAACUGCAUCAAUAACAGGUCAUUUAUAUAUACAUGUAUUAACAUAGUCUACUUAUGCGACAAGUGCAGACCAAGAUUAGCCGGAAUCCGGGCCGUCUGGUCACGGUCUGCACUGUUCGCUACUAUUCUAAGAUUUACUCUUUUAAUAUAAAGUAAAAUAAUAACGUCAAGUGAAAAUAAAAAAGUAUUUCGA